AAAUAUGCGAUCGUAAAAAACAACAUUACAAUAUUAAGUACAUUUAAACUUUUCAUACAUUUAUACAAGUUCCUAUUUAUAAUGUGUAGGAUAAUACAAAUAUAUUUUUUAUUUGUUCAAUAUUUCAUGCUAGGAAUAUGUGAAAUACCGUCGCUGACUGUUCGAAAAGUCGACAGUAAAACAAUCGAAAGGAAACGCCAGGACACUUUAGAGAUGUGUCGCAUGUUUAACGAAGAAAACAUCCUUCCACAAACCGCAGAAGACAUACCAUAUGCAUUAAAUGAGCAUAAUAACAGAAGAGUUAAAAGACACGUCAGAGCAACUCCAACCAAACCUUUGUUGAGUAGAAAACAUAACAAAGUUAAAGAUGUCCUACACAAUAAUUUUCAGGACAAGAAAAAGGCCACAAAUCGCCUAAGAAAUGUUACAACCACAAAAGCAAUACCUGACGGCAAGGUUAGACGAUUUGACUUCGCGCCCGCAACGUUGCUACCUCCAGACGACAUUAUGUCAACGGUAGGCCAUGCUCAGCACACUGAUGAUGCAGUGUCAGGCCAUGAUGAUGACGCCACCGACGCCGGCAGCAUACCCUGGAUUAAGAAGUGGAAGCAUGGCUUGAUCCCUUACUUUAUCAACCCGAAAAGUUAUGACUCUUAUCUAGCUGACACCAUCAUAAGCGCCUUCGACUACAUAGAAAAGACGACGUGCAUCCGAAUGCAGCGGCUCCGAGAGAGACCUAUCGACAAGAAAUCCCUGAACGAGGCAGACUGGUUGUUCAUCACCAACCCGGCUGGCAUUCGACAGUGUGUACACAGUAAUGAACGGAACCCCAAUCUGGGAGUACAGGUGGUCGUCAUCGGCUACAAUUGCAUGUCACUAGGGGAGAUAGCACACGAAAUUAUGCACGUCUUGGGGUUCUCCCACGAGCACACGAGACCAGACCGCGACCGGUACAUCACCGUCGACUGGAACAACAUCAAACCAGGUUACAGAAAGUAUUUUGAUUUACAAUCGGAAAAUCCUCUGACGUUUCUGCCGUACGACUAUGCCAGCGUCUUACAUUACCCUGCUAGAGCAUUCUCUAAGAACGGUAAAUUAACUAUAGAGGUGCCGGCGGGAAUAACAAUUGGAAAGCGAGAGAGUCUUAGCCAAAUCGACAUCGAAAAGGUAUCGACUAUUUACGGGUUGGAAUGCGUGAAGCGAAACAAGGAUUAUCUCCUAAAAACGUGUCCAAGCGUAGUUACACAAAAUCGACAAAAAGGCAAAGGAAAUGUCAAAGCUUCUACUGAAGAAAUCAGAAACUAUUUCGAGGACAGACUUUGGACUUUUGGUGUAGUCAAUUACAAAUUUAAGGACAACGUAGAGUUCUCGACCGAAGAAAUAGAAAACAUCAAAACAGUUUUCGAUCAUAUACAAAAAGAAACUUGUAUCGAAUUCAGAGAUGUAACAGAUAUCGAAGCGGACGAGUACAUAGAUGACCCAGCACCCUUGGUGAUAUACAACAACCCAGAAUUCAACACCUCACUUGGCGACCAACCGAGUGAUAAGCAACGUCUUGAAUUAGACAUAGACUUCGGUGAAGAAAAAAAUGCAACAGAUGCUAAAUCAAAAGAACGGCAUUUUCAAAUGAGCGUUAAUGCACAGGAAGAACCACUAAACAUUGUAGAAAAUAUGAUAGCUGAUUAUGAAGCCGGUGAACCCAAAAAAGUGAAAAGGAGGCAUCUAGCUUCUGUAGUUAAUAAAAGUUCUACGAAACAUCGUGAACCAACUGAAAAACGUAGACAUUCAGGCAGCAUUUUGAUACUAAGAAGAUCUUCAGAGCACAGAUGUCAAUGUCCUACUCCCGGUAGACCGAAUGGAAAUAAGCAAUUAGAAAUCGGUCAAGAUUGUUUUACGUCUGUGAACGAUCUCCUUCACUUCUACGUCCACGUGCUUGGUCUGGACCAUCAGCACAACACGCACGAUCGCGACUCCUUCAUACAUAUUGUUUGGGAUCAAUUGACACCAGAUCUAAAAGCCGAAAUGGAGAAAAAGUAUCCCCCUGCAGCAUCCGCCGGAUUCGCUUACGACUACCAAAGUGUUAUGCACUUCCCCUGGCUACAAAUUAAAGACGGCGUUACCAGUCUUAUGUAUCCAAUUUGGAACGACGGUUGGGCAAUGGGUCACUGGCAAGGACUUAGUGCGACUGAUGUGAAGAAAAUAAACAAAAUAUACGAACGAGAGUGUUUAGAAAGAAGUCAACAAGACAAGUUCACUAUAAUAAAUGCAGAUAAGAUUGAUCAAUAGGAUUAUUCGUCGUUACUAUAUUUGCUGAUGUAAACACAAUAACAGUUUUAAUAAAAUAGUAACAAAUGACAAUUA